AUGAAUAUUGGAGAUAAAGGUGAAAUUACAACCAAAGUUACAGAAUCAUUAUUAGCAACCAAUGUAGGUAGUGGUGACGUAGAAGUUUAUUCAACACCAUCAAUGGUUGCCUUAAUGGAAGGGGCUUCAGUUCAAUGUUUAAAGGGAAAAUUGGGAGAAGGACAAACUUCAGUUGGUACAUCUAUUUCAAUUAAACAUUUAGCAGCUACUCCAUUAUCAUUAAAUGUUAGAGCAACAGCCGAAAUAACUUCAAUCUCAUCAGAUAAUAAAAAGAUUUCUUUCAAAAUUUUAGCUUAUGAUGAUAAAGAAUUAAUUGGUGAAGGUACUCAUGAAAGAUUUGUUUUAAAUAAAGAAAGAUUUUUACAAAAAUCAAAUUCUAAAUUACAACAAUAA